UACCUUUCGUACGUGUUUUCCCGUGUACAUUUCUCUAGUUAUGGCUACUGAUUUUUAUCAAGUGAUGCAAAUACAGGAUGACAAUUAACGAAUCAUUGAUUGCAGAAUUCUCGACAAGGAUGGUAUAAUAUUGAAGGACGCAAAAAUGACGCAGAUGAACCCAUCAACGCUAAAAUUGUGGCUGGUCCGCGGUGAACUCGAGAAACUAGAGCAUGUCGUUUUGGAAGGACGCGGAGCUCGUUUGUUAGGCGAACACUCCCCCGAUAUCAGAACCCGAGUCUUCCUAAAGGGACUCCCAAAUUACUUGACAAAAAUCUCUCAAGUGCACGACGCGGUUGCUCGCGGUUCUCUGUCAGAAACUCAAAAACUCAUUAACGACGAGCCCAAGAAGAAGUUGGCCAUCGCGAAGGAUCCAGCUGGCACACCGUUGCUCCACAAAGCCGUCUACUACGAUCAACAGGACAUCGUCGAGUGGCUCGUGCAACAUUAUCCUACUACCGUGCAACAGAAGGACAAAGAAGGUAGGACAGCGUUGCAUUACUGUGCCGCUUGCAAGGAUCCUGAGGCAAUUUGGGAUGUCCUCAUAGAAGGCGAUUGCGACGCGAGCAUCUGCGACAAGAAAGGCAAUCCACCAGCCUACUAUCUGGAACACAGCUCGGAGAUCGAGCUAUCGGAAGCGGAGACCAUGUCUCGCCGGAAAACGAGCAGUGGCAAGGAAUCCCUGGAUUUCAAACCUUCCAAUAUAAGAAUAUGGAUCCAUAAUCGAGAUAUCGGAAGAUUGCAACAGGUUCUGUGGGAAGGACAUGGAAGUAAAUUGCGCGUCGAGACCAGCAACAAUCCGCGAGUAAAAAAAUUUUUGGAAGCUGUUCCCUUCAUAAUGGGCACCGUAAGGGACGUCCAUGCAGCCACGGUUCAUAAUCAUUUAGACGACCUGAAAAAGAAAAUUGACGCCACGUCACCUGUAGUUCUGUGCAGCAAAGAUUCCAAUGGUUUGAACGUUCUGCAUAAGGCUGCUGGAUUGGGGCAUACGGAGAUCGCACGAGAAAUCCUCGCGAGAUAUUCGUCGGUUGUAGAUACGCAAGACAACGAUGGGAAGACGCCAUUGCAUUACGCGGCUGCAGUAAAAGACGACGGGGGAUUAUAUAAUUUGUUGACCGAAUACGGGGCGGACGAAAGCAAAUUGGACAAUAGGCAAAAGGCUGCAGCUUUUUAUAAGAACCGCCCUUCGGACAUAGAUCAGUCGCUUCUAACUGUGAUACCGGAAGCGCCUCGAGUUUCGAAACCGUCGUACCCCAAGCACUGGGAUUGGAGGAUCUUAGAGGGAGAGGAAUUGAUAUCGAGAGGCAUGAAAAAAAUCAGCAGCGCAGACAUUGACAGCGCAUUUGGCAGCGCCGAAUCCGCAUCGAAAAGUUUCAGCAGAUCCAUAGAACAGAUGAAGAAAGUCGGUGACGAUCAGCAAAAAGACCAAGAAGAUUCGGGGAACGCAGAAGAGGCGGAAAACGCAGAAAAUACAGAAAACACAGAGAAUAGCGAAAGUGUGGAAAACACGGAGGAUGCAGAGAACGCUGAGAAGGCAGGCGAUGCAGAAGCUGCAGAGAACGCAGAGGAGGCAGAACCUGCAGAGGGUGCGGAAGAAACGGAAGAUGCAAAAGGCACGGAAGAUGAGGAAAACAAGGAGGAGGAAACGGCAGAGGAAGCAGCGAAUCCGGAGGAUGGGGAGGAAAGAUCCUCCGACGAUGACGUGGUGACAGGUACACCGAUGCAAGACGCGGAGGAAGCACCUAAUCCUGAAGAGGAGGAAUCACCGGAAGUUGAGGUCGCGGACGAAGCCAAAGAAGAGACCAACGAGGCAACGGACGCCGAAAAACCCGAGAACGCCGAGCAGGAGGAGGAAAGGAAGGACCAAGAAGAGAGAAACGAGCCCAGCACCGGAGAUUCCGGAGUCGAUGAUCCAGGAAACGAUGAAGAUCAGGUAAUCGCCGGAGAACACGAGGAGCUUCCGGAGACAGAGCUGAACGAGGGCAGCAUGUCUGCUGAUCCGGAAAUGGAGAAACUGCUGGAGAACGGAAACAUGGAACAGUUGGCCACUUUGGUGCUCAACGGGGAGGGCAGAAGAUUGGUCGGACGACGAUCGGGACACCCUGAAUUGCAGGCUUUCAUCGAUCGCGUGCCUUCUUACAUGGGUAAGAUACACGCUGUGCACAUGGCGGCGCGAGAAGGAAAUCUGAGGGAUCUGCAAAGUUCGCUGGAUCGUCGCAAAUUUGCAGUCGCGAGGGAUGGUUCGUCGCCACAUGGCGCAACACCGCUCCACGUUGCAGCUAUUUUCGGAAACACCACUAUUAUUAGAUAUCUGGCAGGGAGGUUUCCGGAAACCACGCAUGCGACCGACCUGGAUGGCCGAACACCCUUGCACUACGCGUCUACUCUGGCAGACAAUGGCCAUUAUUACAAUCUCUUGCUUCAUUUAGGCGCCAAUCCUCUGGUUCAAGACAAUUUUGGGCACAAGGCGGAGUUUUACAAGCAAAAUCAGUCCGAAUUCUCGCAUAAAACGCUCCUCCGUGAUUUCGGGGCUAACGAAAAACUGGCCGACGAAAUGUUGACGGACAAAGGCGACACGCCACUCGAUAUACCAAUAUUUCGAGAGGAAGAAGGUCGCUAUUUAGCAUCGUCUCUUGGCGAUCCACUGAUAAAAGGCUUAACGGAAGUUGCCAAUGCACGCCCAAAAGAUCCGGUCACGUAUCUGGCAACCUAUUUAUACAAUUUUGCCAAUAAGACCAAACACAGUGGACAAGAACAGGAACCGAACGUGUUGAUUAUACCUGACCGUGAAGAAGAGAAUAUAGAAAAUGUUGAAAACGAGAACGAGGAUGCUGGUUACCCACAAAGUCCAGGUUCCGAUACGCCGGAAUCGGCUUUCAGCAGCCCUAACAGAGACGAGCACGGACAAAGUGUGAUUCAUUUCGCGGCCAUUCGUUCUUACUCGAAAGACGGACUGUUCCAGCUGCUUCAGGAGAAUCAAAUUAAUAUAGGAUUCAGGGAUGAAUUGUACAGAACAGCUAGGGACGUUGCUGAGCUGGCGAAUGUCAAAGAAAACGUCGAAGAAAUCGAUCGCUACGUGGCUUACUUAGCAGCGAGGGGCGAAACUGAGAAGUUAGUAGAGCUACUGUUGGAAGGAUACGAUCAUAUUUUGGAUGUGGAAGACGGGGGCGUGAACAUCGUGAAUAUCGCUGAAGAACGAGGACGCGAAGCAACAGUGCAGUUUCUACAAUCCAUUCCAAAUUACGUGGCGCAACGCGAAGAAGUCCACCACGAAAUCAGAAUGGACAACGUAGCAAAAGUGAAGGAACUGCUGCACAGAAACAACGGAGGAGGAGGUAAAUUGUUAGCGAUGGGGAAGAACCCGAUGAGCAGAUGCGCUCUUCACAUUGCUGUACUUCGCGAGAACGAAGAAAUGGUAGAAUACAUUGCGAAAACGUAUCCAGAGACUCUGCGUAUCGGCGACAAUUUGGAGAGGACUGCUUUGCAUUACGCAAUGGGGUUGCCAUCGGUCGAGGAAUUGAGCAACGUUCUCAUUAAAGCAGGCGCGAAGCGUAUCGUCAAAGAUUUGAAAUCACGACAACCCUCCUAUUAUUUCAUGAACAAGUCAGACAUCGAAAGGCUUCAAGAAGAAGAAGAAAGUUUGAUCAAGUAGAUCCAACUGGACGAGGGUAUUGGUAAAUGUUUACAUAUGUAUACGUACACCUUGAAGUAAUUGUAUGGACGAGUAUAACAUAAAAUGAGGAAGCGGGUAAUAUAAUAUGCAUUUAACAGAAGCGAAAGAAAUCAACAUGUGCCACUUUAUUCGGUAUAUUAGAAUUACUAUAUCAAUAGAAAUUCAACGCUUCUUCUUCUGAAAGUGCGUUUGAGCAGACAGUAUUUUUCCGUGAUCCCUUGUA